ACGGUAGUAUCACUGAGCGAGAUUGACAUAUGCAUUACCGCCAUGAAAUCCGGGGUGAUUUUAUUAUCUUUAUUUACGUUAUUCUUUUGCAUAACUGCACAAAACACGUGUAAAAAGGUGAAUUCAUGUAAAUGUAAACUGGACGACGGUAAAGUGAUUGACUUAAAACCGUUGACAAAAUCCAAUGGACCCGCAUAUCUUGACGUCCUCGACAGUGGGGGAGCGGAUCUCUAUUCUUGGAAUCCAUGCGAACCGUUCUCUGAAGGGUUGUGUACCAAUGCAGCGGUAUGCCAAACCCAUGCAGGACAGGAGUACAAUUGUGGUUCUCAAGACAGUGCUGCGUUUGAGUACGACAGCACAAACCAAGCAUACACAAUAACAUACCAGGCAGAUACAUACACAAAUACUUUGAGAACGACAGUGCUCUAUCUGUAUUGCGAUCAAGGCCCAGAUGUCUUCCAACCAAUCGGAGAAGCAAUUCAAGGAACUUUUGCGUUGAUUUUCAGAGGCAAAUACGCAUGCCCAAGGGAUGAUUCAUCUACUGGUAGUACUAGUGGAUUGUCUGCAGGAACCAUUCUAGUAAUAAUCUGUUUUUGCCUGUUCGCUGUUUAUCUGAUUGGAGGAAUAUUGUUCCAAGUCUUCAUUAGGAAAAACAGUGGCGUGAAAGUAAUACCCAACCACAGUUUCUGGACUGGACUUCCAAUAAUUAUCAAGGAUGGUGUGUUCUUUAUCAUACGAAGAGGAGGGAAAAAGACAACAUAUAACAGUAUAUGAGGAUGGUGUGGUUUUUAGUAUUCGAAGAGGAUGGGAUCGACAACUUAAAACACUAUUUGAAUAUUUGGAGAUGUCCUAAAAGUGAUAGACGGCAACAUGUAUUUGACAAUAUUUCAUCAAAAUAAAUGAAAAGGAUUGGAUGAAAGGUGCAAUGUAAAAACAAAAUCAUCCCAAGGAAGAGCAAUGUUGUGUAUAUAGGGUAGGAUGUUAAAUGUAGUAUAUCUAUACUUUAUACUCUUCACUUUUCAUACUAUAUGUGUCUUAUAUUAAAACAUCUAAAUAUGACACAUAUCGUAAAUUUUGAGAUUUGUAUGCCAUGGAUAUUUUAUGUUUAACUAGUUACGUCAUGUGCAGAUCCGCAUAGGGAGAUUUAGAACCAUAUCUAUAAUAUUUGUCAAAAUAUAUCAAUUAUGUUUUGUCUAUAUUGUUCCAAGAUGAAGGUAGGACUUAAGCAUUAUCAACGAAGAUAUACCGAACCGUCAUCAAAUAAGCUAAAUAACAGUCUGAGAUAUGCAUGUCAAUUCCAAAUGUAUUGAAGGAAAGAGUGUUUAUUUUUCAGAAACAGCAACUGUUUAGGCAACCUAUUUAAAAUAAAUGAAAAUUGCUAUUUUUCUAUUUAUGCAUGCAUCGUAUGGUUAAAUGCUCUCUGACGUAUUUCAUACAGAUUGUAAGACAUUUCUUCGUACGCUGAUUUUGACUACGGAUAACUCCGUUUACCUGAUCAGGAUAGCGAAUUACCGGGGUUGUCCACAUUCCUAUACAUACUUAUCAUUGGGUCAAACGCUGUCUGACAUGUUUCAUAUCGAUUGUUAGGCCGUUCUUGUCACGCUGAUUUUGACUACGGAUAACUCCGUUUAUAUGGUGAAUAUAUAGGGCUCACAGGAAGUGUGACUAGUCGUCAGGGUACGCUUACAUACCCUAUCCAUCUGACCCCACCUCUGGUAUGUCCAAUGGGCCGUGUUGUCCCCACUCUUUAUUUUGUUUUGCUUGUAGGUGUUAUGAGAUGCAUCACUGUUCGUUAUAUUCGCCUUUCAUGUAAAUAUUUCCCACUAUCGUCACCCAAUCAGAUAUUUUGCGCUAUAUAAUAAGAUUAAUCACAUGUAUUAGGUUGUGUGUGGUCAAUGCAUGUGUUCUAUAGUUUUCUAAAGUUAACUGCUUUGAAAAUGUGUCUUCUGCUAGUUUAACAAAAAUACAUACCAUUACACAUCCCUUAUACCAAAGACAUACAGUUUUAUAAUGAUGUACAUACAUAGUCAUGUUGCACUUUUGAUGAAAGAUUUGGAAAAAUGGAGUAAACUAGGAGUGAAAUAGGGCCUUUUCAGUUGAUGUAUUAAAUGUUAUAAGGAUUCCAAAAUUAAUACGCACUCGUGAUAUUCAAGGGUGGUUCAUCUGUUUGAUAAAUUUUGGAUCCGAGCAAAACUUUGGAAUGAUUUGAGAACAUUGGAAUGCUAUGAGGCAUAUGUUUGAGAAUUUAUCAAAUGUUUAGAUCUGCUUUUAAUUAUUUGAGAACAUUCUUGAGAUUGUCGAGAAAUACCAUUAGAUUUGAUUGAGAUGAAAUGAUGAGACACAUUUCUAACAGUUUAUCAGAUGAGAAUUCUGUUGAACUCAUUUGAAAACAUUCAUGGGGUUAUUGAGAAAUAGACUUAGAAUAUUGGUUUGUAACUUUGUCCUUUUGGAUUCUACACAUUGCUGUUAGUGAACGGGUCGCUGUUACAGCAGAUGAAGGUCAUGGAUUCAUGUUAGAGUUGAAGGAUAACGUUUUGGAGCAACUAGAAUUAAAAUCAAAUCUAAUAACAACGAUGCAUGAAGAAAAAGAAGACAAAUAUAUCUAGCUCCUCCAACUUCUUCACUCACUCCGAAGCACUGUAUAUUUCCGGAAAAUGAACGGUGUGGUGUUUGUGAUUUUUUUUAUUUGAUACGGAAUCCGAGAUCUAAUUUUGUAAAGUAUAGGAAUUCUGAGAUUGAUCACUGUUUGUUAUCUUCACCUUUCAUAAAAUAAAUUGUAUAAUUUU